AUGGCUACACCCUUAGACCAAAUCGUCAAGGGUGCUCCCAUGUCUGAAGUUCAUGCUCCUACGCCGGAGCCAUUGGCUUCGGCUUCACUCUCAGAUACCUCCCCGCCACAGCCCUCAACGCCAGAUCCGCUGGCCAUCGCACCCGACUCGCCUCCCCAGAUCUACCUGAACCUCUUAAUUAUGGAAGCCUCAUUACGAGCGCAAUAUCUGGCCCUUCGCGAACGCCGUCGUCAGAAUACUUUCUUCCUAUUACUCCUUGCGGGCUGGAUCGCUUACUUCUCCUACGCCUUGUUCCUCCGUCCCCGAGAAGAUGGCCGCGGCGUCGGUGGUUCCGUUUAUUGGAUGGUGGAGAUGGGAGAAAAGGUCGCUCUGCUCGGAGGAGUAGUAACUGCACUCUUGGUAUGGGGAACGGGGCAAUGGGAGCGUGGUAUUCGCUGGCCACGACGCUGGCUCGCCGUCGCCAACCGCGGCCUCCGCACCAUGAACACCAAGAUCAUCAUCAUUCGCGGUCCUUGGUGGCAGGAGUUGCUCUCCUACGUCUCCUUCCUAUUCCCUUUCUCCAUUCCUUUCUUCCCUUCCCCCUCCGGCAACUUCCAGCUCAUCGAACGUCACCCCAACGAAAAACGCGGUAGUCGGCAGCAUUACCAGCAAUACUAUACCAGCGCGGACAGUGAAUCCGGCCUCGUCGAGGAAGAUCUCAGUCCCGGCGGCGAUUAUAUUCAUCUCCUCCUUCUCCCCAAAUCAUUCUCCCCAGAGUUCCGCGACAAAUGGGACCAGUACCGCACCGACUUCUGGUGUUCCGAGAACGAACGCCGCGCGAAGCUACGUCACCAGCUGCGCGAGCGAGAACGUCAACUCGCUCGAUCGGAGGGAAACUGGCUCGGACGUCUUGGCUUGGACUGGCGCGCUUCAGGGCGCCGCCGUCUUGUUGCUGCGACGUUACACCGUUCUAUCGAAUCGGAGAGCAAGCCUCCUCCUCGCCCUCAUUCCCACCACCAGCAUCAACCAUCCAACUCGUCCAGGCUCACCCAGGAAUAUCGCGCCCCCUCCCUUCGUCGAAAUACUCGCUCCGAGUCCUCCCAUUCCCGUACCUCUUCUCGCAGCACUACCCCCGUUGACGUCGAAGACCGUCCGCCUUCCCGCUCCUCUGCCACCGGUCGUCCUCGGCGCGGAAGUACAACGCCGUCUAUAUCAGGUGGAGAUCAAAGCCCGCAGCAAAGAAAGCGGAAGGGAUCCAAAUCCUUACGUCGAGGUUUAUCGCCUUUGACUCAGGCGCAGGUGCGCGAGGGUGUGCGAACACCGUCUUUUUCAUCCGAUGACUCGGUGCUGGUGGUUGAUAGGGAGAAGGAAAGUAUACCGACUUCUGUACCUGAACCAAGUACUGCUUCUUAG